CUCGUCUGCCGCCCGCCCCAAAACGCGGUUGUAAGCCGGCCAUGCGCAGCGCGUCAAGCAACAAAAGUUGAACGUUCCAAGGCAAGUAGUACUUGGCCAGGUACCCAGGUACCCAGGCACCCAGGCCCUCGCUCCUCAAAACCGACCAGCCUCGCAGGCCGUGAAACAUUUCUCAUUUUGUCUGUCUGCUGCUGUCUGAUAUCCUGAUAUCCAGAGACACAAGACUGAUACCAGCUCUGCAACUUGGCCUCGCCUCACCUCACCUCGCCUCUCACCCCAGCUUUCCCUCUGCUUCUUUUCCUCUGGCGGACCAGACUAACAACCAGGGAGUUGCCGUUUCUGGGCCCCAAGCCCAGCUCUGAGCUCUGACACGGGCGCUGGUGGGGACGGGCGGACGGUCUGACGGACCCUGGAACGCGGUGCCGUCCUCGACUCCGUACUGUACGCGACUUGACUUGGGACCGCGAUUUGGGCUCUGCAAAAAAAGGACCCCCAGCCCAGCCCUUUCCCUCUCUCCUCUGUAUCCCUCAAGUGCUUUCUCCCUUUCCAUCUCCUCGGGUCUGGGUCGAGUUUGCCUGCAGGGAAACGUCCAUUCAUUGAUUCCACCACGCGCACACAUAUUCCUCCUUUGUGCCUGCCAAUUGCUAUGCACGCCUGAUUGCAAUCCACAUCAUGGACUCGUCGCCCCGCACAAAGGCAGACGACCGUCCUGCCUCUGCCUCUGCCUCUGCCUCUGGGCAUCGCGACGCGUCCACCACCACCACCACCACCUCCACGUCAAAGAGGCCCGCCUCCCAGCCCCAGCUCCUGCCGCCCCUCGAGCUGCUGUCGUCGUCGCCCGGGCUGCCAGCACUUCCCAAUGUGCCUGCAAGACGCCAGAGCCGCCCCGUCUCGGCCCACAAGACCGCGUCUGCUGUCACCAACAAUGACUACCUAAAGUAUCCCACCCCUGUGCCCACGUCCAGCACCGGCAUCCUCUCCUCGUCCCCCCCACGCGUCCAUGCCCACCCACAGCCCCAACGCGCCCCCAGCAUUGUCUCCGAACGUGCUCCUCUGUCCGCCGUCCCCUCGGUCGAGCUCAAUGAGAACGGCGACACCCUCCGCAUGGGCAGGUCCAGCAACUCGUCCGACUACCAGCUAUCCGCCAACCGUCUCAUCAGCCGCGUCCAUGUAAAGGCCAGAUAUGUCCCCGCCACCGUCCCGCUGCAGCCCAACAAGAUCGAGAUCGAGUGCAACGGCUGGAACGGCCUCAAGUUGCACUGCCAGGGCAGGACCUAUGACAUGCACAAGGGCGAGGUGCUCUCCUUCGAGACCGAGGGUGUCGAGAUCAUGCUCAACGUCCAAGAUGCACGCGUUCUGAUACAUUGGCCUAAGAGGGAUGCGAGGGAUGGCUUGGCAGAUUUGGGUUGGGAGGACUCCCCGCCGCGUUCGCUUCGGAACGCCGCGUCUCAGCUCGGAGGUGGCAGUCCGCGCCUCGGAAGUGCUGGUGGCCUCGGCUUGCUGCAGUCCAGUCCCCUGCACAGGAGGACGCGUAUUACUUCUCCGGAAUCGCCCACUCCCGCACACGCGUCCUUACAGCAGGUCAUGUCUGAUGAUGUCCCCAGCAACUCUCAGCACAGCAGCAUCCUGUCCGACUUGCCAAGCAUCAGCGAGAGGGAAAAGAGCGUCGAGAUAUAUGAGGAUGAGGAUGCUGAGGAGCAGGGGGCUGGCGCCAAGGCCGGACUGACUGUUGACCAGAGCUUCAUGACCGAUAUCAACAACAGUUUCUCGAGCGACCUGAGUGACGCCGGCUCGGACGGAGAGGACGAGAACUACGCCAACGAGGAAAACGACCCCAUCGUCCACUCGUUCGGCCCCUUCGGUGCCAACCUCAACAGCCGUAUGGCUAUGACUUCGUUCCACGUUGACUCGCCCAAACGCCGUCGACUGGAAUCCGGGGCAUUUGCGUCCCCCCGAGUGAACGGGGCUUCCAAGGUGCGGGCCUCUGCAGAUGCCUCCAACCACGCCCUUACUGGCAGCAAGUCCGCAUCGACAUCGCGUGAGGCGAGCAUCGGCAACAAGGCUUCGCACACUCCUACGCCGGAUAGCCUCAGGCAUGAGACUUCUGUGCGGGUCGAGAAGGAGAAGGAAGUUCAGCCUGAUGUGAGCCACCUGGAUGUUGCAACUAUCACCAACCAUGUUGUCAAUCAGCUAGCCUUCUCCCGCCUCUCGUCUACGCCCUUGUCAACCAUCAUGGCCAACCUCCCUGCCGAGGAGAAGAAGGACCUUCUGCGCCAUCACUUGAAGUUUAUCGUCGAGACCGCCACUUGUAUAGGUACUAUUGAGCGUGAAGGCAAGGAUGCCGACGGCAAGCCGCUGGAGAGUCAGUACUAUUACAUUCCCGAGGAGGAUGACGACGAACAUAGGCGCGCGGCAGUCGUCGAUGGGUUGAGGAAGCCGACGCUGCGAAAUUGUCGGAAGCAUCAUGUGCAAUACUAUUGGAAGAGACCGCGGACACCAUAGGUUGUUGCACAUGGCGAGGCCUAGCCUUUCUAUGCCCGCAUGCACUGCUUGUCGCGGUUCCCGCUGUCAAUGCUGUCAAUAACAUCAUGGCGCCUCCUUGGCCGCCCGAUCCGGACGAACGAUUUCGAUGUCACCCAUCCAAAGCCCACUGACUCCUGUCGACGGAUGAUCAACUCCUGGUAUCGACGUCUUUCGUACAGAACCACAUGGUACGGUUUCGUGGGCACAAGGCGAAAGCCGACUCGGUCUUGCAGCCCCAAUCAACCAAAUAUCUAAUGCCCCUUUUACGCUAGCAUCGUUACGCCGCUAUCAUGAGAUGACCUGAUAUCAUUGAUGUAUAUCGCCGCCCUGUUUUCAUCUUAUGAACCGCCGCCUCUGCACAUACAGAUAUUCCCUUCUUGCAUAGCGCGAAGGAGUUUUCAAAGAAAGAUUGGGAUGUUGCCGGCUAUCUCAUCUUCAAUUUUCUCCUUUUCCUUCAGCCCCAUGCCCCCCCCCCCCCCGACAUAACAAUAACACAGAAAUAUACACACAGCUCUUGGCGCUGUCUGACCGCUUGCAACAUUGGUCACAAAGAACUCAAGACAUCCCUAGUAAGGUACACAAGUCGCGUUGGUUCCGCCCAGCCUGUUGUUGGCUGGCCUUCAAUACUUUUGAUUAUAUCAAAUGUGUAUGGUGGAGCGAUGGCAGGAUACCGAACUUGGUGAAAGAGGGGAAACCGAAAGUUGAUAACCGCUUCGUGGAGGAUGAAAUUGGUGCAUUUGAGGGGUUCUGGUUUCCGAUAGCUGGCGAAUGGAAUGUGUUGUUGCAGCAGUUGGGACAUGUCAUGACGCUCAGACUGAUGAUCGCCUUACUUGCCCCCAAACCCUUUCUUCUUCAAUCCUUUGCUGUCAUUGCCUGGCCCCGUUCCCACUCCCUCUCACUCGGACAACAAAUCUACCACAAUCACAUACAAAAGGUAAUCUCAAAAAGGCAACAAAAGACAGGCGACCACUC